UCGAGGCGCCGGAGCGGCUUCUCCAAGGAGGCGGCGCCAGGUCGGAUCUUCCAGCGACUUUCCCCAUUCAGCCUUUUCUGCACCGGACUAAGAGUCGAAAGAGAGGCCUCUGGAUACCUGAACGGACCCCCUCCUCCCAUUCUCUUUGGAGGAAAAAAAGAAGAAGUCUCGCCGGCGUUGGAUUGAUUAGUGUUGGCAAAGGACCGGCUCCUUCAGUAUCAGAACGCAGAAAACAAUUUCAAGGCUCUCCCCAACAGCGGCUCGGUUUCAUAUCUUGGAUAUUAAGUUUCACAUCUGAAGAUAAUGGCAUUUCUAAGUCUCCAAGUGUUGAUUGGGGUGUUUAUUUGCUCUUGCAGUGUGAAAGGAUCUUCGCAGCCUCAGGCCAGGGUUUUCCUAACAUUCAAUGAACUGCAGGAAACAAAGACCUCUCAGUUUUAUGCUCUUUCCCAUCACCCCUUAGACUACAGGAUAUUAGUGAUGGAUGAAGAUCAGGACCAGAUCUAUGUUGGCAGCAAAGAUCACAUUCUCUCUUUGAAUAUCAAUAAUAUAAGCCAGGAGCCUCUGAGUAUCUUCUGGCCAGCAUCAACAACCAAAGUUGACGAGUGCAAAAUGGCUGGCAAGGAUCCUACACAUGGUUGUGGCAAUUUUGUCCGCGUCAUACAGACUUUCAACCGUACUCACUUGUAUGUGUGUGGGAGUGGGGCAUUCAGUCCUGUAUGUGCAUAUCUCAACAGGGGACGAAGAUCUGAGGAGCAAGUUUUCAAGAUCGAUUCCAAAUGUGAAUCUGGAAAGGGACGCUGCUCUUUCAACCCUAAUGUGAAUACUGUCUCUGUUAUGAUCAAUGAAGAACUAUUUUCAGGAAUGUAUAUCGAUUUCAUGGGAACUGAUGCUGCCAUUUUUCGCAGUUUAACCCGACGAAAUGCUGUGAGAACUGAUCAGCACAACUCCAAGUGGCUAAGUGAGCCUAUUUUUGUGGAUGCCCAUCUCAUCCCAGAUGGCACUGACCCAAAUGAUGCCAAAGUAUACUUCUUCUUCAAAGAGAAAUUGAUGGACAACAGUGGCAGCACAAAGCAGAUCCACUCCAUGAUUGCCAGAAUCUGCCCUAAUGACACAGGUGGACAGCGUAGUCUUGUAAACAAAUGGACAACUUAUUUGAAAGCAAGGCUUGUGUGUUCAGUAAUGGAUGAUGAUGGCACAGAGACCUACUUUGAUGAAUUAGAGGAUGUGUUUCUUCUUGAAACAGAUAAUCCUAGGACAACACUGAUAUAUGGCGUAUUCACAACCUCCAGUUCUGUAUUUAAAGGCUCAGCAGUGUGUGUGUACCACUUGUCUGAUAUCCAGAGAGUGUUCAAUGGUCCGUUUGCACACAAGGAAGGCCCAAACCACCAACUAAUUCCCUAUCAGGGAAGAAUUCCUUAUCCACGCCCUGGGACUUGUCCUGGUGGAGCUUUCACACCCAACAUACGGACAACUAAGGAGUUUCCAGAUGAUGUGGUGACCUUUAUCAGGAAUCAUCCCCUAAUGUUUAAUCUUAUCUACCCCAUCCACAAGAGACCUCUGAUAAUUCGAACAGGCACUGACUACAAAUAUACAAAGAUAGCUGUGGACCGUGUCAGUGCCGCUGAUGGAAGAUACCAUGUUUUGUUUCUUGGAACAGACCAUGGUACAGUGCAGAAAGUUGUGGUCCUGCCCAAUAACUCAACAAGGGGAGAACUCAUCUUAGAAGAACUUGAAGUGUUUAAGAAUAAAUCUCCAAUAACAACAAUGGCCAUUUCAUCUAAGAAGCAACAGUUGUAUGUAAGCUCGGAAGAAGGGGUCACCCAGGUUUCUUUGCACCGCUGUCAUAUAUACGGGACAGCUUGCGCUGACUGCUGCCUCGCCAGAGACCCCUACUGUGCCUGGGAUGGCAAUUCCUGCUCCAGGUUCUACCCAACCGGGAAAAGGAGGAGUCGGAGACAAGAUGUGAGACAUGGAAACCCUAUGACUCAGUGUCGAGGAUUUAAUCUAAAAGCUUACCGAAAUGCAGCAGAGGUCAUUCAGUAUGGAGUCAAGAAUAAUACCACCUUCCUUGAAUGUGCACCUAAAUCACCACAGGCUACUAUUAAAUGGCUGUUACAGAAGGACAAUGACAGAAGGAAAGAAGUCAAACUUAAUGAAAGGAUCAUAGCAACUGAGCAAGGGCUCUUAAUUCGCUCCGUGCAGGAGGCUGACCGAGGACUCUACCACUGCAUUGCAACAGAAAAUAAUUUCAAGCAAACAAUGGCAAAGGUGAACUUCAAGGUGUUAGAUUCAGACAUGGUGGCAUUCAUGACUGAGAAGUGGUCCCCAUGGACCUGGGCCAGCUCACUCCAGGCUUUGCAGUUUCAUCCUAAGGACUUGGUUGGAUCUAUCAGCCAUUCAGAACUGCAGCUGAUCAAUCAAUACUGCAAAGACACAAGGCAGCUGGGGCAGCAGGCUGAAGACUCCCAGAAGAUGCGAGGAGAUUACAGCAAGUUGAAGGCCCUCAUCAACAGCAGGAAAAGUCGGAACCGAAGGAAUCAGUUACCUGGAUCAUAAGGUUUUGUCAUGGCACAUCAUCUCCUCCUUUAUUUUUGUACCCCUCAAGAGAGUGUUUGUUUUGUUUUGUUUUCCUACUGAGAGUAUAGAAAAAAAAUUAAUAAGACAAACCCGGUUGAGGAAUUGUUUUGCUUUUGUUAAAAUAGUAAAACAUAACCUGUCUAAGCUGAAGAUAAAAAAGGAAAUACCAAAUCCAAAGAGAUUUCAUUAUGUGAAGUGCCCACUGACACCAGAGAGACCCUUAAUUAUAUCUCUGUGAACCAGAUCAUUUGCCUUAACCCAGAUUCUCAUGUGAUGCACUGACUCUCCACCUUGGAAGUAUGCAAGAUGGGAAGUAAAAAUAAGAGUUUGGGUUAGGAGGGAGUGUGAACUGGUGCAACAUAUACAGAUAUAGCUUCAAUUUUGACAACUUUAUAUUUCAGGGGUUCUUAACCUGUGGACUAUGAAUCCCUAGAAGGGCUUUAAUCUGUGAACUGGGUGCAGAUACAACAUUUUAAAAACUGAUUUAUUUCCUGUUACUUUAAAUAUUGUAUUUGAGGUGAAGAAAAAGUCUGCAGCCUUCUUCAGAUUCCCAAAAGGAUGCAAAUGGUUAAGAACCAUUGUAAUAUAUGCUUCCCUGUUUAUGGUACAUAUUUUUUUUCAAAAAUAGAUGACUGAAGCAUGCCUUAAAUGGUAACUUCCCAAAACAGUAUUUAUGACACUCGGACACUCAAUGUGUAACGUCAGCCAUGGCUGCGAUACUACACACACUUCCUGAGAACAAGCCCCAUGGAUUUAGUAGGACAUACGUCUGAGUAGACAGGUACAGAAUUCCACUGUAAAUAGAGUUAACCUCCAGUGAGGUCAAUCACAUAAAAACAGUGCCAAACUCUUUCAACGUGGUAAAGUCAGAGGUCAAACAUGCUUAUUUUAAUCACCUAGUGGGCACAGUUCGCUCUUUGUUCCUUCUAUUAUGGUUUUCCCCACAUUAGUGAUGCAAAAUGUGGUAGUUGGACUCACAGCAUGAAAGAUCCAAGAGCAAGUCUGCUUAAGCAUGGUAUGAAAUGGGGAAAACAUAAUAAAAGGCUGUUCUUAGCAGCAUUUCUACUGGGCACAUCACAGGUUGCUUGAUGAUGGAGGACAUUUUUUUUUGCAUUGUUCUCAGAGUGAACAAAUUAUUUUUCCAUCAUGAUUGUACAGCCUAUAUUUGUCUAUAGGGUGGGAGAAGGAGAAGGAUAGAUCCCUGGUAAUGAGAUUAGGAUUCUGCUUGAACUACCACAAAUAGGCAUUGUUUGUGAAAAACUUCAAACCAGCAUACCUCUGAUAUCAUAAAACCAUCCAAAUUAAAAAUACCAAAAAACUAAAACAAACCUAUUUGGGGCUUCAAAUAAUAAAACUACCUCUAGUAGUCUGAAUGUUAGUCCUCCUAUACAGGUCCUGUGUUUAGAAUGGUUGUGAUCAUUCAUUGUGUGCGUUUUAAAAAGCACAUUCACAGUGCAGUUGUUAUAACAUUAAUAUCAUUUAUAAGGGCUGUAAUUACUUCCAGAUUAUGUGUAACAGUUAAUAAGCAUUCAAGGGCACAAUUUAUUCUUUUAACAGCCAAAUGUGGUUAAUAUCUGAAUGAGCGCCCAUUGGGCCUGAGGAAUGAUACAUUGUUUAUUAAAAGGAAAAUAUUAGCAAUAUGUUCGGGUCAUUUAACAACAUCAACCAAGCCUCAAGUUCCAAAAUAAUAUUUUUAAAGCUGAUUUAUAUAUAGUUACAAUGGUAGGACUGUUUAAGGGAUUAGCUUAAACUAACAUUUUUCUUCCUCCUGCAUGAAAUGUACGUAUCUAGAUAGCAACGUUUCAUUGAUCUGUAGACACUCCAGCCAUCUAUGCUGAAGCAAAUCUCCAUUGUAUGAGAGAUUUCAAUCUUUCAUUAUAAGUUAUCACUAUAGAUUAACAUGAAACAAUUUACACUAGAUGGUAACGGUUAAUGAUGAGUGUAAGGCUUUGUUCAUCCAUUGUGCUAUAACACCCUGUGGACCACAGCAACCAAAGGGUCAUAGAGGUCCUUUUGGAGAGGUAAAGACCAGAAGCCCAUUUAAACUAUGCAGUUAUGGAGGUGUUGUUCUUCUUUAUCUGCCAUGGUUCCAUCUUAUGAAAUCCUGGGCUUUGUAGUUUGUGAGUCAUUCUAAUUCUCCGUCCGAUCAUUCAUUCUCCGUAAACUGCCAAUCCCAGGAUUCCAUUGGAUGGAACCGUGGAAAAAUAGUGAUACUUUAGUAUGAAUGGAAUACAGGUCUGUCUGCAGUAUUCCAAGUGCAGCUUCAUCAUAUCUUUGUACACAUGUACUAAAGUAUUCUCAUUAAGGUAUAGGACGUUUUCUAAUGACUUCCAGUAUGGAUUUUGUUUUUUCCCCAGUGAACUGUAUGGUGACAUUGCCAUUGAGUCCUGUACCAAAACUAGAGAAGCAAAUAUCCACUGCCUUCAUCCCCACAUUCAAAAGACAUCUCAAGAGAGCAUACAGUUGACAUUUCAGAUCUGCUAGUUAGUGAUAUUUAGUAGACUUAACUAAAUAUCAUCUUCUGGCCUGUUCUACCAAGCAUUAGUUGCUACAAAUCAUGGAGAUCUCUUCUGCUGAUCAGAGAGUGUUAGCUUUGAUAUUUCCACCAACAUGCCCAGUGAGACAAGCAGAAGUGGGAUCCCUGUUGAAUUUCCUCCUUGCUCUUGAUAUCAUUGGCAGGAGUGGUGUGAAAACGUCGAUUUGAUGCACAAUAAUUGACAAGACAGCAGAAUUGUAAUUUUUUUUUCCGGCUGCUAAUGCCCAAUAAAGCAAGAGUAGGGAAUAUUAUGAUUGUGACAAUUGUGCCACAAUCAUUAAUAUGUAGGAUUUGUGAAUAUCAAUCAGUUAUAGAUCCAUUAUUGUAGGUUAAAAAUCUAUAGCUGCAGUUCUUUUUUCAUGUCAGGAGCGACAUGAGAAACUGCAAGUGUGAGAGAAUUGGCCAUAUGCAAGGAUGUUGCCCAGAGGACGGACGGGUGUUUUGAUGCUUUACCAUCCUUGUGGGAGGCUUCUUUCAUGUCCCCGCAUGGAGUUGGAGCUGACAGAGGGAGCACAUCCGCGCUCUCCCCAAGUUGGAAUUGAACCGGCAACGUUCAGGUCAGCAAUCCAACCUUCAAGUCAGCAGUCUGCUAGCACAAGGGUUUAACUCCAACUCCUGUCACAGUUUUUGUGCAGAAAACAUACCUUCUGCUCCCAAAUACUAAUUCUGUGCACAGAAAGCAUGUUUAUUUUAGUGCACAGAUUUUUCCAAAUGAAGUCCCAAAGUGUGGUUAUUUGGGUUUAUUCUUUCCUUAAGGGUUUUCAAGUUUUUUGAGACCUUUUUCUCAAUGAAGAUGCAAACAUUCUGGUUAGGAUUCAUCACAUCCUAACCACAAAAUCAUUUUUUUUUCAUUGCCAGUUGCUAUUGCCAUUGCUAUUGUCUAACUGACAUAUUGUCUAUCAGACAAUACGUCUCCAACAGGGAUUGAAAAAAGCAAUGGGUAAUUUUCAAUUUUUUCUUCCCAUUUUUGAAACCUGUGUUAUUUUCAAAACUUAUUUGUAAUUUAGGAUUUUUUUCUGUGCAAAAUUCACAUGUAGUUAUUUUUCAGCAUUUUCAAUGUAGGAAACAGUUUUCUCUAUACCUAAAAGACUGUUUCUUUCCAGGAAAAAUGUUUUCAAAUUUUUGCAUGGGAUAUUCUAAAUUACAGCACUUUCUGUGUUGGCAAGAAUCACAGAAAAUCACAUUUCCGUUCAGAAAUAUUAGUUUCUUUGCAGUAGUAUUUUUUUUUUUUUUGCACAGAUUCAUCUUUCUGUGUAGAAAUCUUACUUCCUUUACGGAAAAAUUACAUUCUGGCAGAGAAAAAGCUAUCUUCUAUGCAACCUAAGAAUAUAUGCAUUUUGCACAUAAUAACUCCCAAAUAGAGUCUCACUUAUCCAACAUAAACGGGCUGGCAGAAUAUUGGAUAAGUGAAUAUGUUGGAUAAUAAGGAGAGAUUAAGAAAAAGCCUAUUAAAUAUCAAAAUAGGUUAUGAUUUUACAAAUUAAGCACCAAAACAUCAUGUUAUACAACAAAUUUGACAGAAAAAGUAGUUUAUUACACAUUAAUGCUAUGUAGUAAUUACUGUAUUUACGAAUUUAGCACCAAAAUAUCAUGAUAUAUUGAAAACAUUGACUACAAAAAUGUGUUGGAUAAUCCAGAAUGUUGGAUAAGUGAGACUCUACUGUACCAAGAUUAUUGUCUGUUUAGGAUUCUUCUCUUUGGAGUUUCAUAAUACCCAAUUAUUUUUCAAACAUUUUCAUAUUUUAUUUAUAUCCGUGUUUGCCAACAGCUACUGAAAUGGCUGGAAGGGAGGCUUUUCCCAUUAAAUAUUACAUUCAACAGGGAGGCUGUGGACAAUAUAGGAAGAAAAUACCAACAGGCAUACAUUAGAUGCAUUAUUGCAUAUGUCAUGAAUACAAUCUUGACACAUAGCAUUUUUGAAUUUGGGUGGACUAUAGGACAUUUUUUAUUUUACAGUGAUGUGUAAAUUAUUUAAGAUAAGGUAUUCCGAUAUUGAUUCCUCCACAAAGUUUCUGAAUAUGUAGGUAGCAGGUAGAUUUUUUAAAUAAAAUUGUGCAUACAAAUGCCUCUGAAAGGCAUUGUUACAUAGAUCAGAAGUAGUGUUUGGUCCCUAUGCUGUCAGUCUGCAUUGACUUUCCAGGAAAGAAACAGUUGUAAUCAAUGGACACAAAUAUGAUUUUUGGCCCCUGGUACAUUAGGGGAGAAAGCCAGUUUCCCCACAUCAUCUUGAGAAGCACUGAUGUAUAAUAUCAGAUAACUACAAUUCCUAGUCCCGAUUUAUUUUUGUCGGGAUUUUUGUUUUGUUUUGGUUUUUUUUUAGUCAAUGAGUACUUUUUGUCUGAUAGAUAUUCUGGAGCUGGUAAAAUAAAAAAUGUUAACAGUUCAGGAGUUUCUCAUGCAUCAAGGGGCUAUGUAGCACCAUGUAGGGAAAACAAAUAAAAGUAAAUUCAAUUUAUAAAUAUUUUUCAAAUAAACAGUUCUUUUAAUAUACCAAACAUUAUCAUUGUAUGCCAAACCACAUUAUGCACAAUACAUUUUAUGUUGCUAUCAUUGCAAAAUGACUUUCAUUCUGUAAUAGGUACUAAUAUUGUAUUUUUCCCUGGAAAUUCUUGGUUUUUUUGGGGGGGGAGGUGGAGGGGAAAAACAUGAUUUCAGCAUUUCUCAAAAUAUGCACUGCGAGUUCCAAGAUAACUCAUUGGGAGACCAUGUUUCUUGUGAGAAAAGUCCAUUUAUUCCUACUUUCUGCUUCUUGAAUUGACUGCUUAUAGACCUUUAAUGGGUUACCAUCAACACUGCCACAGGAAAAAAAAUCCUCAAGAUUUUUGUUUUGGUCUAGCAGGGACGGAAAAACCUUGACCUUAGUCUCAGGCUGCAAAAUAUCUUGGGCUACUAUCACCUCUCCUGUAACCACCAAGGUUUACCUUUUAAUUCUGAGGGUGUAUAUAUAGUAUGUUAUAGGAUCAAUGCAGUUUGACACCACUUUCACUGCUAUGGCUCAAUGCUAUGAAACUAUGAGAGCUGCAGUUUUGCGAGAUCUUCUGCCUUCUGCCAAAGAGUGCUGAUGCCUUACCAAACUAUAAAUCCCAGGAUUCCAUAACAUUUACUCAUGAUAUUAAACUACAUUAAUUCUACAGAAUAGAUACACUCAGAAUUGCUAAAAGUAUGAUGAACAAAGCUAACUUAAAGUAUGUGGGAUAGUUUCUACUACAGUUUUUAUCUGUUUAGAGUCUGUUUCCAUAUACGUAACAUGAACAUUUAAUUUUAUAAUACUGGUUUAUUUGGUUUGUUAUUGUUGCUAUUUAAUACCCUUCUAUUUUGAAGAUACUGAAUAUUGUAUAUAAUUGUAUUCUUUUUUAAGAAAAUAAAAAACUGCUAGACAUAACUUUGCCAAAUGUAAAGAUAAACUCACUACUAAAUGUUUUUCAUUGGUGUACACUAAAUAUGUUCCGUGACUGCUGUUUAUAUCAUUUGAAAUGUUGGAUGAAAUCUUGAUUCACCCAUGUGUGCUUUGUGAUUGUUAGUACUGUAGAUACAUUUAUAUCUUCCUUGGAAAAGCACCUUGUUUUCACCAAUUAUGUUAUAUGUAUAGUUUUAGCAUGAUGAAACCCCAUUAAGGUGAAUUUAAGAUUAAAAUGGGAUUUAUAUAAAAGAGUAACGGUACAAUUGAAUUGGAUAUGUCAAAUAUUCUUUGCUAGGAAAAAAUAAAAGGUGCUGAAGCUA